UCGAAAAAAUGUCAUUAUUAACGUUAUUAGUGUUAAUUGCAACAACCAUUUUGGUUGCAAGAUUUUACAUUCAGUACGCUUAUGGUUAUUGGAAACGAAAAGGAGUCCCAUUUAUCAAACCUACGUUCCCGUUUGGUGCGUUUGCAAAGGCAUUUUUGCAAAAAAUCUCGAUUGAUGAUCAAAUCAAAGAAGUGUACAAUAGUUCCACCGAGCCGUUUGUCGGCGUUUACAGUUUGCUAACGCCUGUAUUGGUGAUUCGUGACCCCGAAUUGAUUCGAGCCAUUUUAAUAAAAGAUUUUUCAAGCUUCCCGUCUCGUGGAUGGUAUGUAAAUGAGGAUGUGGAUCCAAUGGCACACAAUAUGCUCGUUCAAAACGGCGACGCAUGGAAAAAUUCACGAACAAAACUAUCGCCAGCAUUUACAACAGGUCGAUUAAAAGCAAUGUUUAACACGAUAAUCAAGUGCGGUAAUUCACUCGAAUGUUUGAUUGAUGAUUACGCAAAAAGUGGUGACGUUUUGGAGAUACGUGAAGUAUUUGCACGAUUUGCAACAAAUGUAAUAGCAUCCGUUUCGUUUGGCAUUGACAUCGAUUGCAUUCGCCAUCCGGAUUCAGAGUUUCGACAAUAUGGCAAGCAAUUUUUUGAGCCAACCAUUCGAAAUGCUUUGCGUAAUACUGGUUCAUUUUUUGCGCCGUCACUCGCAAGAUUAUUGCGAUCACGAUUUGUCGAUAAGGAUGUAGGUGAUUUUAUGAUUGACACGGUGAAAAAAAAUUUAGAAUUUCGAGAACAGAACAAUAUUAUACAGAAGGAUUUCUUUCAAUUGUUGAUGCAAUUGAGAAAUACGGGCAAAGUAAAAGAUGAUAACGAUGAUUGGAGCACAAAUGCAACGACAUCAGGUGAAAAAUUAAUGAGCAUCAAUGAAAUUGCUGCACAGUGCCAUGUUUUUAUUGUAGCAGGUUAUGAAUCAAAUUCAACAACCAUGUCAUUUUGCAUGUAUGAAUUGGCCAAAGCACAAGAUAUUCAACAAAAAGCGUACGAAGAAAUUGUUGAGGUUCUCGAAAAACACGACGGCCAAUUGACAUACGAUGCACUUGCUGAUAUGAAAUACAUGGAAUAUUGCAUCGAAGAAACUUUACGAAUGCACACCCCGUUUGGAUUCUUCACGAGGCGAUGCGUAAAUGAUUAUAGAAUACCAGAUACGAAUGUUGUUAUUGAAAAAGGUACACAGGUGAUGAUUUCGGUUGAUGGCAUUCAGUAUGAUCCAAAAUACUAUGAGGAUCCAUUGGAAUUUCGGCCCGAACGUUUCAGCGAUGAAAAGGUCUCAUUUGCUGAACGACCAUUUCUCUCUUUUGGCGACGGGCCGAGGUAUUGUAUUGGAAUGAGAUUCGCCAAGCUGCAGACAAAACUGGGCAUUGUACUUUUACUGAAGAAAUAUAAAUUCGAACUUAACCCCGAAUAUCAUAAAAAGCAAGAGCUCGAGAUGAAUUCGCGGGGAUUAGCCAAAUUGCCCACUUAUGGAAUAAAUUUAAAUGUUAGCUUCCGUGAACAGUUGUAGCCAGUUGCACACCAUUGCUGCAAAGACACUUAGUUAUUAGCGCCAUCUAGUUCGUGCGAGAAAAAAUCUUCAUAUUUCACACACGUACUAUUGAGUUACUUCACUAUGCGCCAGUGAUACGUGUUUUGCAGCAACCCAGUGGCCAGUUGUAGCACAAUACACAUUUUUAUUGUAUCAAUCAAGUUUAAUAAACGUUAACGCUAGACUCUGAAGUCCAAAUCUUUUGAUAAAGACGAUUUAAUUGUUUUAUUUUUGUUGGUCGGUGUGCCACUUAAGCGCAUGUGUAUGUACUACGUACACAUAUGCAGAGGUUUUGCAA